UCGGCUGUGGUAAAAGACUCCUUUUCUUCAUAUAUAAUAAUAAUGCUGGAAAUAAUAUAUGUGAGGAACUACGUGAGCUCUUUGAUGUUUUAAUUAUUUCAAAAAUCAUUAUUUUUUUUUUUGUGUGUAUUGUUUAGUUCUUUCUCUGUGAACUGGUACAUGGGUUUUGUCUUCUGUCAUGAAUAUGGAGAUGGGUCGUUUUGUUUUGACGAUUUGCCUCUGAAUUCUCAAUGUUUUCUCUUGGAUUUAUCAUACAAAGAAGUGUUAAAGAUCACCUUGGAUUAACAAUUUUGUUUCGGAAGGAUUGGAGGUCAUUCCGUCUUAAGUAGUCAACAACUCAUCCUGAAGUCAUUUGUCUGUAAACUAUGGCUGCGAGGGGAGCUUUAUCUGUAAAAACAUUGAACAUUUCCUGUGGUUUUAAUCGAGCUUUGAAAUCAGCUCUUUUUGAAUGGUUGCUGAUUUUUAUGCUUUUUAUUAAUGCUGUUUUCUCAUACUUGCUUACGAUAUUUGCUCAUUAUUGCGAACUGCAAUCUCCGUGCCUUCUAUGCUCUCGACUUGAUCAUUUCUUUGGCAAUGAAAAACUGAAGUAUUACUUGGAUUUGAUUUGUGCAAACCAUAAGCUGGAAAUCUCAUCCUUAGUUUUCUGUCAUGCCCAUAACAAGCUUGUUGAUGUCCAUGGAAUGUGUGAAAGUUGCCUCUUUUCAUUUGCAACAAUCAAUAAGUCCAAUGCUGAAACAUACAGAUUAUUGGUUGGGAAACUGGGGGAGAAUUCUGGCUCCAGUUUUAAUGAGGAACCUUUGCUCGAGGAUGAUAAUCCUGUUCAUUCGAGCACAAGGAAAUGUUCUUGUUGUAAUCAGCCAUGGGUAUCAAGAGGGUAUGCCAGAAACCUCUUGUGGUCCAAGUCAGGUGUGUCUGAGGCUGCUGAGCCUGAUAUACAUUUGCAGGGUGGUGUUGGACAUGGAGAAUAUGAGAUACAGUUGCCGACUAGAACUACUCAUCAGGAAAAUAUUGAGUCUCAUCCAUUGUCUCAUAUAGCAUAUAGAGAACUUAAGGUUAAUUCUGAAACUGGAUCUGAAGCAUAUUCUGAGGAUGAAACCAUUGCUCCAAUUCGUGAAGCUGAUAAUCAGACAGAAGAUCAUGCUGUUCAAUGGAUUCAGUUGGAACAUGGUAUUAUUAGUCUGUCUGAUAUUGCCGCUACAGAGAAGUUGAUAGAUCCAGCUUUUGCUCCCCAGCCUUCUGGUUUUGUUUCCGAGGAAGAAUCAGAGGUCAUCAAGCAUCAUAAUGGUGCAUCCCUAGAAUCUAAGGUUGCAGUUGGGGAUGGACUGGAAGAACUUAACUGGCAACCAAGCAAUUGCAAAACUAAUACGUCUGUGCUGGCUGAGCUUAACCCCCUUCCUGAACUGAUACCUACGCUCUCAAGUGAUUUGAAAACUCCUGUUGAUGUUUCAAAUGACAGCAAGCUUAUUCCCAAUGGUGAUGCCUUUCCAUCAUCAAAUACCAAUGAAAGCUUUCUUGAAGUGUCAAAAGCAAGCAAGAUUCUCCCACUUGAUGAUAUGCCUUCAUCAUCAAAUGCCCAUGAAGAUCCUCUCGAAGUAGAAGUACCAGAACAGGCUAAAAUUGUUUCGUUUGAUGACACUGUUCCAUCUUUAGACGCUGCAGAAUCCCCUGUUGAAGGAUUAAAAGAAAGCUGUGUUGCAAACAUUGUCGAAGUCACGGAGCCAGCUGUUACAGAGUCAGAGAACAUUUGUCAGGCCAGAAGUAGACUUGUUCCAACUGAAGCAGCUCCCGAAAUAAACCUUUCUACAGGUGACCUUAGUAGAUUUGUUACAACUGAAGCAGCUCCAAAACUAAACCCUUCUACAAGUGACCUUAGUAGAUUUGUUACAAUUGAAGCAGCUCCGGAAAUAAACCCUUCUACAGGUGACCUUAGUAGACUUGUUACAACUGAAGCAGCUCCAGAAAUAAACCCUUCUACAGGUGACCUUAGUAGACUUGUUACAACUGAAGCAGCUCCGGAAAUAAACCCUUCUACAGGUGAUCUUAGCAGACUUGUUACAACUGAAGCAGAUCCGGAACUAAACUCUUCUACAGGUGAGCUUAGUGUGCAAGUAGGCGACACCCUGGAUCUGAGUGAUGCUUAUAAGAUAGCUGUAGGCAACAAGGGAAAACAACAGUCUGAUUUGCUCGCAGAACAGUGGACUAGUCGUGAUUCUUCAAGACUUACCGAAGACCUGAAAGCCUUGCUGUCGCAAUUAUCUGCUAGGGGGAUUGAGCAAUCCCUGAAUGAUAUAAGCCCUAAGUUGUCCGUAAGUGGUGAUGACCUAAGGACUCCUGAUGCUUCUAGCUCUAAUGGAAUCCAAUUACUUCAGAGGAGGACCUCACUUGAGAGAAAUGAGUCUAACUUAUCCCUGGACGGAAGUCUUGUUAGUGAAAUUGAAGGUGAGAGUGAGGUUGAUCGGUUAAAAAGGCAGGUUGAGCAUGACAGGAAAUUAUUGAGUGCUUUGUAUAAGGAAUUGGAGGAAGAAAGAAGUGCCUCUACAGUUGCAGUAAACCAAGCAAUGGCCAUGAUUACUAGGCUUCAGGAAGAGAAGGCAAUUCUCCAAAUGGAUGCCUUGCAGAACAUAAGAAUGAUGGAAGAGCAAGCUGAGUAUGAUAUGGAAGCACUGCAAAAAACAAACGAUCUUCUUGCUGAAAAGGAGAAGGAGAUUCAAGAUCUCGAGGCAGCAUUUGAAUUUUAUAGGCAAAAGUUCUCGAAUGAAGCAAUCUCCGAGAAUGUUAUGGAUGCAACUUCCAGUUCGAGGGCAGUAGAGAAGGAAGUCGAUAACCCAGAAGGCAAUUGUGCUAAAGAAAGCAUGGGUGAAAUUACAAAUUCAGUCACUGAGAAACCUACUAUCUUUGACAAACUUGAGGGAACAGACACAUCAGUGAGGGAUAUGGAUAAGGGUGCCUUGAAGAAUUCACUGCUGGGAUUUGAAGACGAAACAUUGUAUAUUCUUGAGAGUUUGAAAAAAAUAGAGAAGAAGCUUCAUCUUUUUUCUAAUAAUGGAAUAUACUCAGACUUGGGUAAUGGUGAAUGUUCUGAACACGAAGGGGACUUGGAACAUAACAGGAAUAGGUUUUCAAUGGAAAAUAAUAUUCCUGAACAAGGAGAGAAGUCACAUGCUUCCUUGCUUGAAGAUUAUAGCGGGGAAAACUUGCCUGUAGAAUGCAAAGGUACCGAUUUAUCUUCUCUUGAAAAUGAAAUAUCUGAUCUAAAUGAAAAACUAGAAACACUCAAGGCAGACCAGAAUUUUCUUGAGCAUGCCAUUAACUCGCUAAGAGAUGAAGAGGAGGGCCUGAAAUUUAUUCGGGAAAUAGCUUCUCACUUGGAAGCAUUAAGGAGGAUCGGGAUAAGAUGAAAAGAUCGGGCUUCCACUUGAGAAUCUUUAUGUUAACACCAUAAAAGAUAUCGGAGAACGAUGACACGCAGAUUUCCCAGAAAGGAGGUUGAAUGUGACAGAAUUGAAGCCUGGUUAAUCAAGACUGGCUAUCAAUUAUACAAAAUCAAUGGUUUUUUUUCUAAUUCUGCUCUUUUUCUUUUGAGUGGGAGAGUGUUUUGAUAGCUAACAUAUUGCUGUAUAGAUGGAUUUGAUGAAGGGUUUAUCUUUUCUCCUGUUUGUAAUACUGAGUGUGAAGAGUGUGGAUAUUAGCAUAUUUUUUCUCCAAAUUAGGGUUGAAGAUUGAUAAGCAGAGUGAAUUGUACAAGGGGGUGAAAUUUUUGUGUAAAGCUUUACUACUUUGGUAGGUUGAAAAUAAUUAGUCAGCUUGUUGUAUAUUAAAACUAAAACACAAGUAAUUCUUACUUUCCUUUUAAGUGAAGAAAAAAAGGUUGGAUCA